AUGGCGUGGCUCGUGGGGCCCGGCCCUCCUGGGCUGAGGGUUGGAGCCAGGGAGCCCAUUUACAUCAUGGCGGUGCUGCUGGGUUCCCGCAGUCUGGUGGUGGGGGGGGUCUGCGUCAGGCGUAUUGCUGUAGACAAGAGCACUGGCAAGGAGAACAAGAUCACCAUCACCAAUGACAAGGGUCGUCUCAGCAAGGAGGACAUUGAACGCAUGGUCCAGGAAGCUGAGAAGUAUAAGGCUGAAGACGAUGUCCAGCGUGACAAGGUGUCUGCUAAGAACGGCCUGGAGUCGUACGCUUUCAACAUGAAGUCGACUGUGGAGGAUGAAAAGCUUGCUGGCAAGAUCAGUGAAGACGACAAGCAGAAGAUUUUGUGCCACAAGGCAGCCCACAGGAAGAAACAGGCAACAUGUCUGCCCCUCCCAUCCCCAAACCAGAACAUUCUAUUCCAGUUAGACACACUGGGAGGUUAG